AUGCCCUUCUUCAAGUCCAACAAGAACAAGACCUCCUCUGCUGCCUCGACCCCAGUCCAGACCCCCCGCUCGUCGAUCCAAACAACCCGCACUGCCAACCAGUCGAACCUCCUGACCCUCGAUCAGGUCAUCGAUCUGGCAAUGAAAAAGUCGAGUUACACAAUCACACUUGUAAACUCAAAGCAAUAAAGAGCUACUCAAUGUAAAAAUAA